GCAGUGCAAAUCCUUUCUCGUUCUAUUGCAGGCCUAGACCACGGGAAAGGACGGAACAUUUCUUGGAGGAAAAUACCCACAUUUCUUGUUGGGCUGUAAAUGUGUGGAGGUUUAUUUAUUUUUGGACGAAAUAGGCUAUAACUUCGGUGAAGUUAUUUGUUGUUAAUCCGAAACGUCUAUCCUUGAAGAAGCAACUAAAAUACUCGCAAUGCAGAAGUGUCUUGGUGUUGUUUGUGUUUCUAUUAUCUUUUCCGCAGCACUGUCUGAGACUGUUGGAUUAGUGACUGGGGCCAAAGACAAACGAGGCUGGACUCUGAACAGUGCUGGAUAUCUCCUGGGGCCUCAUGCCAUCGACAGUCACAGAAGUGAUAAGCAUGGGCUGGCAGGGAAGAGGGACCUGCUGCUGGAGGAUGACUUCAAAUCAGGUUAUUUUUCCCCAGGUGCUUCAAGAAUGACAGAUGAGAAUGUCAUUCACACCAUCAUUGACUUCCUAUCAUACCUGAAAAUGAAAGAAAUGGGGGCUCUUGACAGUCAGCCUUCCUCAAUCACAUCAGACGAGAUGCCUUAGCUCUCUUUGGCCUGGUUGAUACCGUAGGACUCUGGCUGCAGGACCCUGAAAUCCUCUCACCUUCAGCUCUGGAAUUUGGCCUCUUUUCUGAAUUAUUGCGUCACAUCAGCUGUUGCUCGCAUCAUUUCGACCUGUACAUGUAUGUCUGCCUGCCUUUACGGCAAUGCUGCUGUUUGGUUUGUUUUUGGUUGGUUGGUUUGUAAAAACAUUUUAUGAAUAAAAUGUUAAUUGGCUCCCA